UUUCUUUCCCCUUUGCCUGCAGCCAACUUUAGCUUUUCUCUCGCUCCUCUUCCUCCCUCCCUCCCUCCAUCUCUCUCUCUAUCCUCUCUCUGCAAGCUAGACAUCAGGCAGUUGCAGGCUAGCUAGGGUUGGUGCUUAGAGCGGGGUACCGUUUCCUCCCUUGCAUACCAAGCCUUGAGAUCACCCCUUGCCUUUUUGACCCCUCCAAACACAAAGUUAGUAGUCCUCGGUUGGUGGGUACUACAGCAAGACGGAUCAAGGAAAGGAGGGGUGCAGGAAGGAAGAGGGGAUCAGCUCUAGCGCUCGAGGAGGAAGGAGGAGAGGCAGUUCGUAGCUGCUUGAUUAUAGCUAGAUUUACACUUCCACACAUAGUAGCCAGCGAGGGCCGAGGAUAUUGUAACAGAUGUCUCAGGCCAUGUCCGGGAGCGGUGGUGGCGCGGGGCAGUUCGGGGACACGACCUUCACCAAGGUGUUCGUGGGGGGCCUUGCCUGGGAGACGCACAAGGAGGGCAUGCGGGCCUACUUCGAGCAGUUCGGCGAUAUCCUUGAAGCCGUCGUCAUCACUGACAAGAACACCGGUAGAUCCAAGGGAUACGGAUUUGUAACGUUCCAUGACCCGGAGGCAGCGCUGAGAGCUUGCAUCGAUCCGUACCCGGUAAUCGAUGGAAGGAGGGCCAACUGCAACCUUGCCUAUCUCGGGGUCAACAAGUCCAAGACUGCACCGGUGCCACCGUAUCUGCAACCAUAUGCUCAUGCUUACGGGGGAGGCAGCAUGCGGGCAAUGAAGUCCAUUCAGACAGCUGGUGCGGGUGGUGCCAGCUUGAUGAGCUUGGUGCCGGCCGAUCAUGGCAUCCAGCAAGGGAUUCCUACUGCUGCUUACAAUGUUUAUGCCGGGUAUUCCCCAUACUUCUCAGACUAUGGCUAUCCGCUGAGCUACUACCAAGCCUACGGUGGGCUGCAGGGAGCCCAACAGCAGUACGCUGUCUUCGGCGGAGGCGCAACUGCGGCAGGGCUAACAAUGGCGGCGGCAAACUCCUCCGGACUCUACCCCUACUUCCAAUACAGUCCGGCGAGCCUGGCUGCAGCUGGGUACAGCAUGGCUCAGUACCCUCAGUUGUAUCAGUACACUGCGGCUGCGGCGGGCGCCACGACAGCAGCGGCCACCCUGAUGACCACGGUUGCCGGCGGCCUCCAGCAGUACGCUGGCGCGGUGGCGUUUACUCCAAAUUCUACUGGCCAAGCAGGCAUGACAAUGUCUAUGACAGCUCCAACUCUGCCGGCCCCGGCGGCACAGUACCAGUUCACCAGGCUUAUUCCUUCUCACCUCGCUGCGGCACCAGAUCAGAAGCCCAGCUUGGCCUAGAACAACCAUGGCUACCCCUCCCUCUAUAUACCUCAAGUCUUUUCAACCACAUGCAUGCACCUAUCUUCUUCAGUUCCUCUGAUACAUGAGUCAGUACUCAGUAGUCAAUCAGUCAAUGCAUACACAAGUCUUAGCUUCAACUUCAAGUGAAUUGAAUACAGUGUGGUGCACUGCACAUCAUAUAUCCAUGCUGUCCAUGCACACCGCUGAGACUUGACUAACUUGACGCCAAUGCUCACUCUGGGGUUGAGUGAAUUCGGCUGACUAACCAAGAAGGGACCAUGGCAGAUUGCGCAAGUCCAUUUUUCCAUGACGCCAUCAGAGCACUCCGGCUCAAGGGUCAAUCGUCUUCUCCUUUAUUUGUGCUGUAAGUUGGUCUGAAUCAGCUGCUGUGGCUGUCCUUUCCCAAUGUGUCUAGCUCUCAUCUGUUAUAUUGGUCUACUAGAGUGAAAGGGUAUUUAGCUACUUAUUAGGUUCAUACAUGCAUAUAUAGGUCACCAGUUAGCAUCGAUCUCUUUAGGUAUUAGGCAUGUAAUUCACAUACAUUAUUACUUCGUAGGUAGAUCGAGUUUUGCUAAUGUAUUGUUCCUUGGACUCUUAUGGAAGAGUGCAGGGGCGAAUCAAGUCUGAGAGUCGCUGCUGGUUUUUCAUGUGCAGCGUUACUCGACUAAUCCUGUCAUCCCUCAAGAUGGCAUUUUUCAUGAGCCGUGUGUAGGUCCACAGAAGUUUGUGGAGAUGCACACGAAAGGUUUACUGAAGCAAUGGUCAAUCAUUUGUGCUAUAGUCAUAUUAUACACACCUCUUCAUGUACUAACUAAUUAGGAGCACUCUCAUCUUAGUUCCUCUCCAUUUUGGUCGUUAAGUAGUUUUGGUUCCCUUCCAUUCCGUAUCAUCAUGCAUCUAUCAUCAUCGCAUUGAUCUGUCCUCUUCAGUCUUCGCCAAGCCAGCCAUGGUUAGGCCCAACCAAGCUGCUGAUCCGAUCCAUCAUCAGAUGAACAAUUACUGGAACCCCUUAUGGCAGACAUAUUAUCAUUACUAUUUGUCAGCGAUUUAUGUAAUAGCUACAGCUACUGGGAAAUAUAUUUAGCUUCCUUCUGAGAGGCUACUGUACCAUGGAUAUCUAUCUCUUGAGCACAUUUACAUGCAUGAACUCAUCUACAUGCUGAUGACAA